CAAACAUUCCUGAACAUCCUCUCCUCUUCUUUUCUCUUUUAUUAGUUUCUCCAUCUCAUUCGCUCUCUUUUUGUCCCCUCUCCAUCGGAUCCCUCUCAUUACAGUACCUUUCCAUUCAUGGCGGAGAGAGGGAGACCGCUGCCUAAAUUUGGAGAGUGGGAUGUAAAUAACCCAGCAACGGCGGAAGGGUUUACGGUUAUAUUCAACAAGGCUAGACAAGAGAAGAAAACCAGAGGCAGUGCUGGCACAAUCAUGUCCCCUACCACUGAUAAAACUGAAAAUGUGACCGACCCUUCCCCGUCUCCUCGAAAGGCUAAAUGGUUUUGCUGUGUUCGAGUAUAAUAAUGCCUUUGGGGCGAUGGAAUUGAAUGGUUGGUGAUGCCAGUAUAUAUAUAUAUAUAUUGGGUGGAAAAAGCACCCUUUCCCUUGUAUACCCGCCUGGCUUCCUUUCUAGUCCUCGAUUAUUUUAUUAUGGCUCUUCUUUUUCAUUUUCUCUUUUUUCCCUUUUAAAACCUCAUUGGCUUGCUUUGCUCUUCGCUUUUGAUAUUCGAACCUUUGAGUGAAGAGACGAAGGAGAUGGAUCUAAAGACAACUUACCUAUUAAAGCAGUCAAUUUCUGAGUAGACAUCCCUUGAGGAAUGUAUUGUAUAGUAUUAUCAUUAUAAUUUUAUUGAUCACUUCUGGGAAAAAUGAAAUUGCAUUGCUGUUCAAUUAA